AUUUAAUAAAAAUUAAAACCUACAUUUAAUUGUCAUUGUGGGAAAUUCUAAAUAAUGUUUCCGAUUUUAUUAAAAGCAAGAUAUUUUAGAGAAAAUGUUGCUCUUAGAAUAUUAAAUAACAACGGCUCAUUGCUGUUUCCAUCGAUUGCGUAUUUUAAUAGAAGAGUAGUAUGUAGUGGAAAAAAUACAUGUUGCGACGAAAAGUCUGGAACUAGCAACAGUCAUCGAAUAAUGUUCCAGCCCUAUGUGCCACCGCCAAAAAAAUCACAUGAUGACAAAAAUAUGAGUUUGAAUCGACCCAUGUCACCGCAUCUAACUAUAUAUGCACCUACUUUGCCAGCGAUGACGUCGAUAGUGCAGCGCAUUACUGGUAUUAUUGUAACAUUCUACGCUCUACUAUUAUCAGGUGGUAGUUUGUUCCUGUCCAACGGAGUCGAAACUUACGUGUCCAUGAUACAAAGUCUAGAUCUUUCAAGACCUUUAAUUUUCAUUAUAAAAAUAAUCUUGGGUGCCCCGUUUGUGUAUCACUACUUCAAUGGCAUUCGAUUUUGUAUGUGGAAUGCUGGAAGAUGGCUGGCGAUGAAGGAUGUCUAUGAAACUGCAAGAAAAAGUUUCAUAGCAACCGCGGUUGUAACAUUACUCUUUGCAUUGCUUUGAAUAAAAUAUUUUCUUAUAUUAUGUUAUUUCACAAAUUAUAUAAAUUA